AGUGGCCCGUGGGUCAGGAGCUGACGGAGCUGCUGCUGGCCUUUGCAAGGCUACAGCUCUACUCGGAGCCGCUGCUGGAGGCCGCCGCGGACCUCCUCUGCGCACCCACCUCCUCCACCUCCACCUCCUCCUCCCCCCUCGGCGUGUCCCUCCUCACCCCCCUGCAAGCCGUACAGAUCGCCGCCGCCUUCUCCCAGCUCCGCCACUUCCACCCCACCCUGCUGCGCCUGCUGGCCACCCGCCUCACCUCCGUCCUGCCCUCCCUGCCGCCCCGCCUGCUGGCCGGCGCGCUGUGCGCCUUUGCCACCCUCAACUACUGCCACCCGCCGCUGGUGAGGGCGGCGGCGGGUAGGACGCGGCAGCUGCUGCUGGGGCUGCUGGGGCUUCAGGAGCAGGAGCAGCACAGGCGGGAGGGUGCGGCUGGGGCUGCCGGGACUGCGGCAAUGUCGUCGGCUGCCGAGGGUACUAGAUCUGGUACUAGACCUGUUACCAGCGGUGGGACUGGUACCAGGGCCAACGCUACGACUAGUAAGGCCUGGGAGGCUGGAGCAGCGGCAGCAGCUGCUGGUAGCCAGGAAGGAGACAGUGCAGGUGGAGGAGAGGGCGGUGGAGAGGGUGCGGGUGCGCUGCUGGCUGCGAGCGAGGUGGUGACGCUGCUGUGGAGCUUCGGAGUGUUGCAGCAGGGGGGCGAGGAGGGGCUGGUGGCGGGGCUGAUGCGCGCCCUGCCGCGCGACCCCGCCUCCUUCACCCCGGACGACCUCUCCCGCCUGGGCCUAGCGGAGGCCCUAUGGCGCACCAGGCGGCCACUGCGGGGGCAGCAGCUGCCGCAACCGCUGCAGCAGCAGCCAGCUGGCGACCCUGCCUCCUCCCCUCCUCAGCCGCCGAGGCAGCCACCUCCUGCC